UCCACACAGCGCUCACCGAUAUAACCACAGCGCUCACCGAUAUAACCACAGCGCUCACCGAUAUAACCACAGCGCUCACCGAUAUAACCACAGCGCUCACCGAUAUAACCACAGCGCUCACCGAUAUAACCACAGCGCUCACCGAUAUAACAACAGCGCUCACCGAUAUAACCACAGCGCUCACCGAUAUAACCACAGCGCUCACCGAUAUAACCGCAGCGCUCACCGAUAUAACCGCAGCGCUCACCGAUAUAACCGCAGCGCUCACCGAUAUAACCACAGCGCUCACCGAUAUAACAACAGCGCUCACCGAUAUAACCACAGCGCUCACCACAGCGCUCACCGAUAUAACCACAGCGCUCACCGAUAUAACCGCAGCGCUCACCGAUAUAACCACAGCGCUCACCGAUAUAACCACAGCGCUCACCGAUAUAACCACAGCCGAUAACCAUGGGUCCGAAGAGAGGGAAGAGCUCGGUGUCCUCCGGGGCCCCCAUCACCGGAGCCCCCCGGGCCUGGGAGCCGGGCCUCAUCAGCGCCGCCCUGGAGGAGGACUCCUGGAAGGUGAACAUCGCUCUUGUGGUGGAGAACCAGGAAGAAGAUGAAGUCCACACCCGGGCCCUAGCACAAGCCGUGUGGGGCCCCCAGCGCAGACUCUUCAGCCUGGUGUCCUGGGACAAGGUUCUACAACAGGUGAAUGAACUUGGAAACCCCAAAGUGAAGAAGACGAAGGAUGCUCCUCUUUAUUAUGAGGUGACAGAAGCGGCUAAGAUGGUCCUGGACUCCGGGGAGACGCUGCCUCCACCGCUGAUCGCGAAGCUGCUGAAGUUUCAGAUCCUGAACAUCAAACAGAAGGAUCUGCAGAGGAGAGAGGAGAGCAAGCUUCCAGAAGACAAACUGAAACAGAAAGCAGCUAAGAACACAAAGGCUAAACCCUGUAGUGGAAAAGGUUCUGCAAAAGCCAAAGGGAAAAAAGUUUCAGAAGCUCCGCCUCCUAUAAAGAAAGACACCGCUCUUAUACGCAGAGGAGAAGAAGAGGACACCAACAUUUAUAUUGAUGAUGAGCCAGACGAUGGCGCUCAGCACUAUAUCAUCAUUCUUGGGGUGUAUCACCCGCAGAUCGUCGCCCUCCUAUCUGAUCUUGGCGUCCACGUGUCCAGCGUCAUCCGGAUCUCAUCUCAGAAUUACGCAGCACUGCCGGACGAUCAGGUGGCGUCAGACGCGGCUUCGGACGUUGUAGAAGCCGAGAAGCAGAGGAAAGAGACUCUCAGGAAAUCUCUGCACAUGUUCUGGAAGUACUUAGAACCCAUCCUGGACUCCGCAAAGAUGGUGGGAGACCCCCUCAGACAGGUGGCCAGACUGCAAUACCUGGUGAAAGAAAGCAGCCACCCCAAAGACUGGAGCAAUGAGGACAUGAUGCUGGCAUACGCCACCGAGGUGUUUGAGAAUGUCGCCUGUCUCAUGUACGACUGUCUGGACUGGAGGAGACAGCACCAGCAUUACCUCAGCAGUAUGCAGAUCAUCCAUGUCCCGGAGGGGUCCCUGCAGCAGACUCCAGAGAAGACCCCACCAGUGCCUGAGGCGCUCCUGCCGUCCUCUCCUACGGGGAAAAAGAAAAGUUCGGGGGACGAGACCCAUCCGGUACAGUCACUGCCCCCACCUACCCCCCCUAGUGGGCACAUGGAGACUCCGCCCCCGAGGAACGUGGACACCAGGGUCUACAGUGAGCUGCUCAGGGACGUUCCGGACAACUUGCUGUCGGUUCCGGUUAUUCUGCACUGCAUGCUGGAGCAGGUUGUUGCCACAGAGAAAGGAAUCCCACCUCCAAGUGAGAUGUUGCCGGACCCCCGAGCGGACGGCCUUGACCCCGCCAUUGCUGAGCACCUGGUGUCAGUCCUGGAUUCACUGUCCCUCACCGAGAAAGAAAAGAAGAACUUGUAUAACAUCUUCUUGGUGAAUGACAAUAAGGAGAACAGCGGCGACACCCGGGGACCUGACCUGCUGAGCUUCCACGACAAGAUCAGGGAGAGAAGUCACCAGGUGCAGACACAAGAGAGAGUCCCUGCUCUCAUCCAUCCAGUUGAUGUAGAGGAGUUGAUGCUGCGCAGGCUCCCGGUUCUGCAGCUCCUCACCUUUCACCAGCUCAAUCCUGAGAUGAACUCCCGGAGACUGGGCCACAUCCACGAGCUCAUGCACUACUGCAACACGGAUUGCCGCUCAGGGCAGGAGAUCUCCCGGGCCUUUAAGCUCCUCACCUUUGAGAGUCUGACUCUGAGCGGGUUCGAUGAUUUUGGGGAGUUGGAGGGAUCGGGGAGGACGCUGGACGCAGACGGUCGUAUUCCCUGGGACAAUCCGGCUGCGUUUGGACGAGAGAUAAUCCGUAUUUCCAGUGUGAGGAAGAUGUAUGAUCUGAUGGUGGCCGAGGCUGCGGGGGGAGACAGAGAACACAGUGUGGAAGCAGAGGAGAGUGAGGUGAGGCAGGACGUCGCGGGGAAUGAGACCCCCAGGGCCGACCUCAGAGACAUCCAGAAGACACAGAAGAGAUCCCUGAGUGACUGGUGUUAUUCUGAGGACUAUGAGAAGAGUGUCCUCAUACAGGUCUUACAGGAGGCGCUGGAGUCCUACUCGUGUAUGGAUUCCUAUUACCACACCCAGGACCAUUCCCUGCUCCUCGUCCUGCACAAUCCCAUGGACACCUUCCGUCAGAGUCAGGAGUCCUGGGACAUGGCGCUUCACUCCAACGUCAGCUUCAGAAACUACCUGGAGCUCGUGGCCGAUUCUAUUUCCCACUGGGUUCAGGAGGAAGAGGAGAAAUAUCAAGAGGAAAGAGAAGAACAAGAACUGGAAGCUCUGAGACAAGCGAAGGCCUCAAAGGAUGGAGACGCUGCCCCCAGAGAUCCCUCACCCAAUAAGAAGAAGAGGAAAUCCGUUUCUCCCAAAAAAUCAAGAAGCCCGAAGGGCAGUGGAUCCCGACCAGGAAGCCGAGGAGAAGAAACUGCCCCAAUGCCAGCCCGCAACCCGUUCAUACGAGAGGACUCCCUGAAGGCCUGGAAAGAAGAACAAGACCGACUGAAGGAAGAGGAACGACUCAAACAGGAGAAGAAAAACACUAAGAGCAGUAAAUCCGGAGGUAAGAAGAGGGGGGGCAGCAAAGAGAGACCCGGAUCAGAACCAAGACGCUCCCCCAGUGCCCGGAAGAAGAGCGCCAAGGAGAAGGACAAGGAAGGUGGAGCGAAGGAUCCCGAGGCUGAGCCGGCACCUCCAGACCUUCGUGAGGAACCUCCCAAGAAAGUGUUUAAGUUCAUUGGCUACGACAUGGGAGACCACUUGAUCCAGGUUUCGGGGGGCUGUCGCCGCUUAUUCCCCACAGAUGGUGGCCAGAUUCAGGUGGAUCACAUGCACUAUGAGAAAGGCUCCACCUAUGUAAAAGUAAAGAUCCAAAAAGACGGACAUAAAUUCCUUGUGCAUAUUGUUAAUCCAAGGAAAUCGCCCCCUGGUGGACAGGAUGACUGCACCCAGAUGGACCAACAAGCGAAUCCGGUGUCCAAAAGAAGAAGCGUCAGUGAGUUUGGGUCAUUUUCGGCCACUCUGCAGAGUGGGAUCCGGCUGUCGCUGAGUCAUUACGGCCCGUCUGGCCUCGCUCCUGAGGAGAAGGAUCCAGAGCUGGAGGCCAUGCUGACGUUCCCCUCCGUCCACACCCCCAGCGUCAUGCCAACGCCACCUCCCCAGCCUCCUCCAUCAUCUCCUGGAAAAGGGCGCAAGUCCCCCCGUGGGAAAUCCCCCAGAGCUGCCCGAGUGAAGACGCCUCAGACCACGGCCGUGGAGGAGCCUCCGAAAACACCAGAGGUUAAGGUAGAACCAGUUACUCCACCAGUAACUCCGAAUGCAAAACCAGUGCAUGACCCUGCUUUUCAAGCCCUGAACAUCUCCUACCCCAAUGGUCUCCUCCUGACGUUCACAAAAGACAACACAGAGUGCUGUAAUAAGGGUCAGAUCAGCGGUACAAGAUUACUUAUCCGACAAACUUACCCCGUGAAAGUGAGAAACGCCCAACUCUACAGGGAUGGCAAGAUGGCAGAGACCCUGGAGUCGUCUCGUGUGAUCACAGCGGAGGGAUCGGUGAUCAGGUGCAUGCUGGAUGGAUCCACACAGAUUCUUCUACCUGAUGGAACUGUCAUCCAGAGCCCAGAUUCAGGCCCAGUCCUUGAGCCUCGGACCCCCGCCCCUGUACCAAUGGAAGCAUCAGAGACCCCCGGCACCGACUCACAACCAGCACCACCUACAGGUCCGGAGGAGCCCAAGGAGUCCGAGACCAAGAAGGGUAGAGGAGGACAGAGAGCGGCACCUGCCAAGACAGAGGCGUCCGACCUCCCCCCUCCCCUGGACUCCGCACCGGAAACAUCGAUCGCCAUGUUGCCAAAACCCGGCACCUGGAUCACCACGACCCCAUCUGGGGAACAGAUUGGGACCCGAGGAUCUGAGAUACUGGAGCUGAAGCCUCUCAUGACCAGCAGAGCCACCGACCCUGUGACCGGAGCAGUGAUGACCACUAGAGAGGACCAGGUGGUGACCGUCCUGCAGACUGACGGGACGAUGAUCGCAGAACACGCAGAUGGCACCAGGAUCACCACCUUCUACCAGGACGUGGACAUCCCACUGCCCGGAGACCACGAGGAGACUGGUGAAAUUCCUCAGAGUAUCACAAAAACGGUGAAGUUCAUCCGGGUGGAGAAGUCGGAGUUUGUGACAUUAAUUCUGAACUGUGAGGAGAAGACGUGUUAUGCCGAGUCCGGGGACGGCACCGAGGUCCUGGCCCGACCCAAAGGGUCAUAUCAGGUUUUCCCACCAAACUCCGGCUGUCUGUCCAUCAACCAUGAGGGACGAGCCGUCUAUUCACCACGGACGAGCCUCAGGGCGCAGGUGCCCACCAGACAAGAGGAUCUUCCCCCCGCCAGUUACAUCAUGUCCCACACCCAGAACGUCAUCUCCGAGGUGCUGGAUCCUGAGGGCAAUCUUUUCCAGGUGAUGUUGGAUGGGAGCACAUCCGUGGUUAUUGCCAGCGGUGAUACUUGUGAAGAAGAGUCGGAGGAGAAGGAUAAAGCCCUUACUACCUCUAUGGUACAGCAGACUCCUGAGGUCUACGAUCUACAUGCCCCAAGGUUUAUUAUGGUCAACGUUGAUGGUUCUGGCAGCGAACUUCUGAGAAACCGAGAAGUGGAGGGUUUUCUGACCGCCUGUUAUGGUGAUCCGACUAUCGCAGUCAUACGAGAGCCGACCCAAGAGGCGCCAGGUGUCCAGAGCAUCACCGUCUUACAGCCGUUCCCAGAAACCUCCCCCUGGACCAUGAAGAAACAUCUAAGCAACAUUGUGCCUCCGAAUCUCCUCUCCAGAGACUGGGCCACCUUCCCUUCCAUUGAGAGGAGGAAACCAGGACCCCCUUUGGGCAUCGGUAUCUGGAGGGGCCUCAGGAUCGGGACUGAAAAGCCUGCAAAGCCUCGGCCCCCUGUCCUGAAGUGCCCCAACGUGCUGAGGAUCCGCCAGCUGCUUCUCUAUGAGCCCAUAAGCCAGGAGAGGCGGGAGAGGCUAGAGCUGGCGCUUAAGGAAUACAUCAACCAGGUAAUAAUAAAGGAGGAAGAGACGCAACAACGACAUCUCAAAGACCCCAGGACAGCGGAGGAGAAGGAGGGCGCUGCGGAGCUGCUCCAGCUGGUUCUGUCCCUGACGGAUGCCCCAGAAGCCCCUCCUCAAACUCCCGCUGCUGCAGAGCAGACACAAGCAGCCGACAUCGCCAGACUUUACGAGAACGCCGUAGCCCCGCCCACUCCUCCUCCCCCACACAUGGCCAAACCACAGCGAAGUGUCCAAGACUGGGAGAAGCUCAGGCAGGAGAUCCAGGAGCAGAAGGAGCAGCUGGCAGCCAUCAGGGGCCACAAUGUCCCCCCCUACUUCAUGUCUGAACUCGGCAAAGAAUUCCUCCAGAAACAGGCUCCAGAUCUGGAUCUUCUCUCCCAGCAGCUACCGCCGAUCUCCAGACCCCGGGAGAAGAAGACAGAGGAGGAGCCGAGCGCCAGUACCGAGGAGUCAGGGAGCAUGGAGGACGACGACACCACUUCCCCCGAGGUCUCCGCGGCCCCACUAAAGAGAUCAGGUACAGGGGCUCCACCACAAAGAUCAGGUCCAACGGCCCCACCACAGAGAUCAGUGGAAGACGACAUCAUCCCGGCUCGCAGGUAUCAUCCGCUAAGUCUCAGCCUGGACGUAGAUGUGACCGGACGACCCCGGAGGGAGCGGGUGAAGCUGCCAACAUCCAUCCUGAGCGGGAAACCGGCAUCUGUGCCCAACACCAAGUUUGCAGCAGUGGAGGAUCCAGUGCGGCGCAGUAUCCGGACGGCGUCCACCUCCUCCUCCUCAUCCCCCAUCCCCCGUGGCUUCCACCUCAUCCCCUCUGUGGUGCACUUCGGGGUCCUCAGGGAAGGCUGCACCUACUCCACCAGCGUCAUCAUCAAGAACAUCGGGGUAGACUUCUGCAGGUUCCGGGUGAAGCAGCCACCGCCUAGCACCGGACUGAGGGUCACAUACACCCCUGGCCCGGUGGCCGCAGGGAUGCAGAGCCGACUGGACCUGGAGAUGUUCGCGAUGGCAGUCGGUCUGGAGGGCCCUGAGGGGGCGGCCGAAUGUUCACACUGCAUCGAGAUCCAGAAUGAGGUGGAGACGCUGUACCUCCCCGUAACUGCAAAUAUCCUUCACUAAUGCCACCCGGGAGAA